AUGGUUAACAAGGCCAUGCGGUGCGCGAGCAAGGCCGCUAGGAGCGCGUCUGCACGUCUCUGUGCGGACGCCGAAGCAAAAACCGCUGCAAUCGAUGUUUCAUCGGUUGCUAUAGCGUCUCAGUCUGGAUCACCUCGUGAUGCAGACGCUCGUCAUGAAGACACUCAUGUCUUCACAGAGUGUGAGCUCGGUGUCUCAUACUCUCCUGAUACGGAAGACGGAUCUGUAUCAACGGCGAUUGAAUCGAAGCCGCCUGCCAAGCGUGGCAUGGAUGAUGCUAUGCGUCGUAGCAUCUUUGGUUCAUCUGAUUCAUCAGAUGAACCAUCGCCGAAGCGAAGGCGAUCGAGAUCGCGAGACUCGGGCGCUCACAGUGGAGUCGGUUCUCCUAUUGACACCACUUCGCAGCGAGGUGCCAGUACUUCUUUCGGCACGUCGCAGGAAGACCGGGACCGCAACGUGUUGUGUCUCGCUCCUGUAAAAAAGUCAUGGCUGCCUCCAAAAUCUGUCAUGGAUCACUUGUCGGCGACGACGAGUGAUCGCUAUCGAACACGGUUGUUCGAUUCGUCAGGGAUCCAUCACCUUGACCCCAGCGCGAAAGACUAUCGCGCUGAAAAUUAG